AUGAGUAAUCUAUUAAGGAGAGGGCACGUGUCCUAAUGAGGUCCCUUUCAAUGCGUUGAAUAGGCACGAGAAUCCCCGCGGUGGACUCAGAAGCCCUGGAGCUAUUUAACCCUCAGGAUGUUUCCAACUCAGGCCACUUUACCCAGAGGUGACAGGUAGAUAACCCGGCGAGCUUCAUUUUAUUUUUCGAACGUGGCGAUACAUUGAAAGGUCCCACUAGUAAAACUACCAGCUCUAAUACACUGUAGGUAUAUCGGCUACGGUCUACUGUUAUCGUUCUUACGAUGGAGGAUAUAUUUUUUGAUUUUGAUCAAGACGCUGCGUCAGAUUUUGCUUUCUGGGGCCAGAUGGAUCCCAAUUUCCAGUUCCAGUCUCAGCCGGACAGUAUACUCGUGGACUGCGCAACGCUGACAGGACAAUUGUCCCCUUGGUCAUCUUUUGGCUGCCAGUCUGUGUUCCCAGACGCACAGCUGACCUUCAGCGAUUUAGACUCCCAGUCCCCGCAGUUAGGCCUCAGUGCUGAAGUGGACAGCUCCUCAGUGGACGAGCCCCAUGAGAUCAGCAAACGCAGACAGCGUCGACUGGCACCGCACCACCCCUAUAAGGUACAGCGCCACGCGGCCAACAUCCGGGAGAGGAAAAGGAUGCUGAGCAUCAACUCUGCAUUCGAGGAACUGCGCUGCCAUGUGCCUACAUUUCCCUAUGAGAAACGACUUUCUAAAAUAGACACGCUGCGACUGGCAAUUGCCUACAUUGCCCUCCUAAGAGAAAUCCUCAUGUCAGGAUGCGACCCCAAGACAUAUGUGGACGAAUGCAUGAAAAAUGGCUACAAAAAUCAGACCAACGCGAUAUGGAACACGAGUGAUCUGACGGCCCGGCUCUCCUGGAUAAAGUGGGAUUAACUCUCCGCGGAAACUGAAUAACAAGGCCGUCGAGUGUUGCGCUCUCCUCCACCGCGGGAUCACAUCGGGGUUGGCCGGCAGCUGCAGACUUCUCACCAGGUCACAGCGUCUGCACAUUUCGCUGUGCGGCGAGAGUCUUUUACAUUUUAAUUAAAUUAUCUUCAGAGAUCCGCCCCUCUGAUUAAUUUAACUUGUUUUAAAUAAUGUGGUGGCGUUCGGGCCCUCAGACAGAGGGUGUUCCAUUUGUUUAUGAACUGAGAUGGUAAAUCUAAUCGCCCCCCUACCCCAUCGAAACCCACAUAUAAGGGGUACUUGCAGGUACAAUAUGGAUAAUAAGUGGCUGUGUUUUCUCAUUUAGAACAUGCUUAUUUAUUUAUUUAUUUAUUUAUCUAUCUAUUUAUUUAUAUUUUAAAAAAUUAAAGCUACAAUGCUUCACAUGCAUUAUGCCUUCACAUGGAGCUCAAAAAUCACAAUGGAAAAAAGUGAUGGGAAGCUUAAAUAGCAGGUGACUGUAUUUAUGUUGAACUAGUCCCCGCGGUUACCUGCUAUGCAACCCUCCUGUCUUUUCCCCCAUGUAUUUACUUAUAUCCUUUCAUUUCCUGUGAAUAAUGACAAAUGUUUAAUUUAGAUUGUAAUUAUAUUUCAAAUAAUUAAAUCAAAUUUUCUUGACUAAAA